AUGUCUGCCACAAUACCUUCUUCAAUUCCAUACUCAUCAUCCUCAAUUGAUAUCGCCUCUGCUUCUUUUCUAGCAUACGAAGACAUCAAUAUCUAUGGCAUGACUCCAAGUUUUGGUGGAAACCUAAGUUUGGCGAUAGUUAUGGGAAUUCUCUUCUUGCUCCAUUCAAUCCUAGGUUUCUACUUUAAACAAGCUUAUUUUGGCAUCGCAUUCUUCUGUGGUUGUGGUUUAGAAUUUGCUGGUUAUAUUGGCAGAACAUUAUCCCAUAGUGAUCCUGGAAAUGUGGACUAUUUUUUAUUACAAAUAAUCGCUCUAACAAUGGCCCCUGCGUUCAUAAUGGCAGGAAUCUACUAUCUAUUAGCAAAGUUGGUCGUUAUUUAUGGCGACUACUAUUCCAUCUUCAAACCAAUCGUCUAUUCCUACGUCUUUAUCUUUUGUGAUCUUAUUAGCUUGGUUCUCCAAGGUGCAGGUGGUGGAAUGGCUGCUGUAGCUUUAAAAGCUGAUAAUACCGACGAACAUUCUGCUGAUGCUGGAAAUAAUAUCAUGCUCGCAGGUCUUAUCUUCCAAGUCGUUUCAAUGUCCUUUUUCCUAUUCUUCUGGCUAGAAUUUAAAAACUCCUCCUUUUUCAAAAAAUUCUCCAAAAUUAUCGAUCUCUCAUCAAAGGACCAUUUAUUCAACCCAAACCCAAACUAUGUAAAGAUUCGCCAAAAUAAUAAAUUCCUAAAAUACUUCCCCAUAGUACUAACCCUAUCCGUCAUUUUCAUCUAUAUUCGUUGUUUCUACAGAGUCUUUGAAUUGGCUGAAGGUUGGAGAGGUGAAUUGAUCCUCAACGAAACAUACAUCUUCAUUCUAGAUUCCCUAAUGAUGGGUCUAGGUAUUGCAAUCCUAUUAUUGCCUUUCUACCCAGGCUAUCUUUUGAGAAGCAGAAACAUUGAUAUUACUGUCGGUUUCAAAAUCCACUGGACUGAUCUCAAAUUUAUUAAAAAGGACGUAAACAAAUUCCUUUCUGAAAUCAAAGAAAAUCAAAUCAAACCAACAAACUUUGAUCUGAAUUCAAAAGCAGACGAUGAAAAAUAUUUAAAUUCAAAAAAUGACAACUUCAAUUCAAUUACUUUAAACGAUUCUGUCUCUGCAAAUAUAAAUGCUUCGCCAAAGUCUCAAACUAAUAUUGUUUAG